AUGGUAUCAUCGGUUCCUCCACUUUGUACAAAGAAACUAGAAGAUAACGAGUUAGUGUUGAGCAAUGCAUGUGGAUCAAGUGAAAACGAUGAUAGCAAUUGUCCAAUUCAUUGUCAACCAAAGCAAGACAAUCAAGAUAAUGGUAAGAAAAUUCCAAUUUUAUGGAAGUCAAGGAUCAUCCCUUCAAAGAAACGGACACCAAAGGUUUAUAAGAGGUUGACACCAAUGCAAAUGUUUCAUAGGCAACUUCUUCGUGAGUAUCGGAGACAAAAUAAUUCAUCAUCAGAAGAGGUUUUAAUGAUUCAUGACAUGCACAAUUCUAUAAGAAAUGAAAUUGGUCUUGGAUGCAUUGUUCUUAAACCAGAUUCUAACUCUACAUAG